AUGUUUUUGAGUUACCUACUGGUUGACGAGUUUAGAUUCGACGAAAAGGAGAGCAUAUCGGGCGUCCAACAGCUGAAGUCCUCGGUGCAGAAGGGCAUACGUUCCCGUCUUCUGGAGCUGUACCCCCACCUGGAGAACUACAUUGACCAGGUGCUACCGAAGAAGGACACCUUCAGGAUCGUUAAAUGCCAUGAUCACGUCGAAAUCAUGGUGAACAGCGCGGGCGAGCUUCUGUUCUUCCGUCAUCGCGAGGGUCCGUGGAUGCCCACGUUAAGGCUGCUUCAUAAGUAUCCGUUCUUCCUGCCGAUGCAGCAGGUGGACAAGGGCGCCAUUAGGUUCGUCCUCAGCGGCGCGAACAUCAUGUGUCCGGGUCUGACGUCACCCGGCGCCCGAAUGUCCACCGUGGACAAGGGCCAAGUGGUCGCCGUCAUGGCGGAGGGCAAGCAGCACGCGCUGGCGGUCGGCAUGACCUCGCUCUCCACCGACGACAUAGCUAAAGUGAACAAGGGGGUUGGAAUAGAGAACUUCCAUUAUCUGAACGAUGGCCUCUGGCAGAUGAAGCCCGUAAAA